AUGAAGUGUGAGGUUGUAAGGUGUGAGGUUUGUGAGAGUUUGACCCCAGUCACAUAUAUGAUUCGUGCCCAAUCCUCGGCUCCCCGAGAAACCUCUGUUAAUACAGACCAUGUUAGCUGUCGAGCUCUUGGAAUUGUAACGGGUGGUGAGGGUGCGAGAUGUGAUUCAUCCGACCCUUGUACAUGUCCUACUUUGCCGUUUUUCAUCGACGCAUUUACGAAUAUCUGGACUUCUCUCCCUUGCGCGUCUAAGCAUCUUUUCACGGUUUCUUCUCUGUCUGGGAGGACGUCCACCCUCUCCUUUUGCGGCUGUUCCUACGAGGCGGUUAUAAAAGUAUCGAUGCUAUUCGGCUUCGCUAAUGCUACUUUAUCCAGAAAUUCCCAUAUCAAGUUGGCUGGGAACGUGUCAAUUGAUCAAAAUAGCCCACUUCCGAUUAGCGAUGACACUUCGCAUCCCACCCCCACGCCUCAGGCCUUACACGUAUACCUAAACUCUCACAGCCUCACACCUCACAACCUCACACCUCACACCUCACACCUCACAACCUCACACCUCACACCUCACAACCUCACACCUCACACCUCACAACCUCAUACCUCACAGCCUCACAACCUCACUCCUUAUGCCUUAGCUAUGUUGCAGUUAGUUGAAAUGGAGCUCAUUUGGAGCUCCGGAUAUACACCCAGUCAGCAGCCGCAAAUGGGCUCUGAAUUUCAUCAACUUCUCGACCAGCAAGCGCUUAGUGUGCCUAAUCUACCCCCAAACCAAGGAUCAAAUGAAGGCGGAACGUUUGCACAAAAGCGUCCUGGGUUUGGCCUGUUUCCUGGAUGCCUCCCAGCGCUGAAUGCACCCGAUUCACCCCCAUACGAAGGAUCAAAUGAAGGAGCUCAAGCUGUUGCCUGGAGAAGGCCCGCAAGGAACAGACGGGUUCCGUGCGAUGUGUGUGGGGAAUGGGUGACAAAGGCCGCACUUACCAGACACAAAAUGAGCCGGCAUAGCGAAUACCGCCCUCACGACUGUCAUUACUGCCAAAAAUCCUUUCUCCGGAAAGACCUUCGUGACAGACAUGUUAAGAGUGUUCACCAGGACUCCUUCAUCACCACACCCACCGCAACUGUCACGCCGGCUACACCGGCCGUAUACUUGCAUGGCAACGGCGGUAUCCCUGAGCAGAAUCAACGGAGUUCCCCGAUAGACUUAACUAUAGUUUCUUUGGCCCUACUCCCUGUUCUUAGCGGUCUUGAAAGGAGUCUGUAAGACUGAAGCAUAUGUUGGUCUUGUGGCUCUUGCUGACGUAGUCAGUAGAGGUUGGGCUUGUGGUGGCAUUGUCGGUUCUUGUAACUCAGAUUCUAAGUUGAGCUCUUGCAUCGGCUGUGCGUCAACAGGGCUGUUCGAAUGUGAUGGGGAGUUAGCCGCUAGCAAUAACAUAUCUGUGACGGACGUG